GGACGAUUCCUCACAGAUGGAGCACCCCCAACACCACCUCCAAGAAAGUCACCUGAUGACUGGACUCCAUAUCGAAAUCAUGUCGAGUUCGAGACCGCAGAAUUUCUGUACAUGCACAACCAAAUGUCUGCUGGGGACAUCAAUAUCUUAUUGGAUCUUUGGGCUGCAACCCUUCUUAAACACAAUGACAAGCCUCCAUUUGCGGACUGCCAUGAUUUGUAUAAAACUAUUGACACUAUGCCAGUGGGUGAUGUCAAAUGGCAAUCGCUCAAGGUCCAGUACACUGGGGAGAAGCCCAAAACCAAUGUACUACCCUGGAUGGACCAACCUCACAAUGUCUGGUACCGAGACCCCCAUGAGGUUAUUUGGAACAUGUUGGGGAAUCCAGAAUAUGCUACAGAGAUGGAUUAUCGGCCC